AUGUCCGAGCAGCUUCUGGAUCGAGUCGCUGACCUGACGGAGUGCCCUAUUUGCCGGGAGUGCAUGAGGGAUCCACGAAUCCUCCACUGCGUGCACACCUUCUGUAGGGAGUGUCUGGUCAAGUACUCGAAGGGAGUUCGUCCCGGGGAAAAACUCGCCUGUCCAGUUUGCAGAGCCGAAUUCAUCAUCCCAGAAAGGGGUCUGGAUGAUUUGCCGAAGAAUUUCAUCGUGGAGAAGCUGUGCGAUGCUCGAAACGUUGAUGACGAUUGGCAAGAGUACGAAGAAAGUAACACGUUUGCCAGUAGAGAUAGGUCGAGGAGGAGUUUGCGCGGUUGCGGAGGAAGUGGCGUUGGUGGCAGUGAGAAGAAUGCAGCUGGUACUACUGCGAAAGUCAGUCGUUGUCCGAAACACUUGAGAGAGGUCACUGAAGCGUUCUGUUGCCAGUGCGAAGUAAGCCGCGUCUUUAAAUUUAAUGCUUAUCUACUCAGGAAUUUUCCACUUUUAAGAUGUAACAAAUUGUUUCAGAUUGCCGUAUGUCAGAAAUGUAAGAAUCAUGAGCACAAGAACCACCAAUUCUGCUCGAUCGACGAGUUCUACGACGACUUUAAGAAGAGGGUUCACUCGGACCUGAAAAAAUUGGAAACGAUUUGCGGUGAGGUAGACAAGCAAGGCGAGUACGUGGACGGGUGCAGAGUCUCCUUCAUCGAAGCCGUCAGGAACGUGAAAGAGGAAACAGCGAGGAGAGCCGAGGAAAUCAAACUACUUAUCGACAGACAGUUAAUAUCCAUUCACGAGGAACUGGACUUGAAGCAAGAAGAUCUCCUGAAGGAAUGUGACGUGGUGAGCAGUCAGCUGCAGCUACAGAAAACGCAGGUGGACAGCUUUAAGACUUUCACCACGGAAGUCAUCGAGAGAGCUGACCCCAGCGACCUGGCCUGCAAUGCAAGAGACAUCAAAUGCAGAGCCACUGAACUUCUCGGGACAAGAGUCGCCGGAUUGCCAUCAAGCUUGGAGAUAAAUUUAGAGCCGCUGGACCACGACCUGCUGGAAGACUCCACGUACAACCUCAUCGGACAGAUUGAAGUUAAAAAAAUUGACUUAGACCCGCCCAACAGAACUCUGGACUUCGACCAGCCGGCCACACUCAUUGGCUGCAUCGAGAAUGAGGAUAACGAAGAAGCUGUCGGUGUGACCGUCGUUAACACGGAACUUUUUGUCGCCAUCGCCAAUUCCGCCGAGAUUAAAGUGUAUGAUGCGAUGUCAUUUCAAUACAAAAGCAAGUUCCUGGUUGAAACUUUAGCCCACCCAAGCGAUCUCGCUUCAACAAAGACCGACCUUUUCGUAUUCGAUAACCGAAAUCUAACGGUUCACAAAGUUGAAAUCGCUACAAAAUAUUCAGUCAACUGGUCGAUUCAGUUGAAAAAUCGUUUCGGUGGUCACUUCGGUAGUUACGGAUACGGAGGAGCAAAUGCCUGCAACUUCCUUACAACGAGCAACGGAGCCGUUAAAAGUAUCUGCGGUCCCAGCGGAGGUACCAACGGGUACUACUCCAACCAUUCCCUAGCUCCAGACUUUUCGAAAGUCGCUUUAUCUUUUGCGUUCUACAAAAGUGUUAGUAAAGGGUUCUCAUUGACACCUAAAGGUACCGUACUUCUGGUCAGUCCCUCUAACUUUCAGAGAGAGAUCAUCGAAUUUACAAGCGAAGGAAGAGUUCUAAGAGAAAUUUCUCUUUGCUUUUUCGUUCAUGAACCAAGGCACAUAGCAAUGUUGGACGAUGAACGCUUUCUGAUUUGCUACGGAAGUUCGAACUACGUGGGUGUGACUAAAGACCAGAUGUGUCUCAUCGACAGUCAAGGUCGGUUGAUCAAAAGAUGGAGUCCAAGUGGCGAAAGUGAAACGGAGCGAGACUUUUACUCGUACGUGUGCGAUUACCGUUCUGGGAAACAACAAGCUCUCGAUCCGUCACCUGAAUUUGUUAAAAAGAACCUCCCGGAAUCGUCGGGGCUUGGGAAUUCCGCCCCAAUUUUCAUGGAAAAGACCCGUGGCAGACUGUUUGUUACUGACUCUGGCAAGAAGAACAUUAGCGUGUUUCAAUUGUUUUGA